CAGCUGUCGCUGCCCUUUCAGAUCUCAGCAGCGCUAAAGGAAGGACAGGUCACCCCCACAGAGCUCUGCCAGAGGUGCCUCGCUCUCAUCAGAAGCACCCAGUUUCUCAACGCCUACAUUACGGUAGCGGAAGAAACUGCAUUGAAGCAGGCUGAGGAGUCGGAGAAAAGAUACCGAAGAGGUCAGCCAUUGGGUGAGCUGGACGGAAUUCCCAUUGCAGUGAAGGACAACUUUAAUACAGCUGGCAUUGAGACAACAUGUGCAUCAAACAUGCUAAAAGGCUAUAUUUCUCCUUACAAUGCUACAGUGGUUCAGAAAUUACUGGAUGGGGGAGCUGUGCUUUUAGGAAAAACAAACCUAGAUGAAUUUGCAAUGGGAUCUGGGAGUACAGAUGGGGUAUUUGGACCAGUCAGAAAUCCCUGGAGUUAUUCAAGACAGUACAAGGAAAAAAUUGUACCCAGGUCUGACUCUGAGCCUGAAAACUCUAACUGGGUAAUAACAGGAGGGAGCUCUGGAGGCAGUGCAGCUGCUGUAUCGGCUUUCACGUGUUUUGCAGCUUUAGGGUCAGACACAGGAGGAUCUACCAGAAAUCCUGCUGCUCACUGUGGUGUAGUAGGUUUAAAGCCAACAUAUGGACUGAUCUCUCGCCAUGGUCUCAUUCCUCUAGUGAACUCCAUGGAUGUGCCAGGAAUCCUAACCAGAUGUGUGGAUGAUGCAGCUGUUGUGCUAGGUUCACUUGCUGGACAUGAUCCUAAAGACUCUACCACUGUUCAGGACAUCUUUCAGCCAUUUGCACUGCCAAGUUUGACUGAUGUCAGCAAGCUCUCUAUAGGAAUUCCUAAGGAAUACCAUGCACCAGGGCUUUCUAGUGAAAUUCUGGCUGUUUGGUCAAAGGCUGCUGACCUCUUUAAGAAUGCAGGUGCUAAAGUAGUUGAAGUGAGUUUACCACACACCCAUUACUCAAUUGUCUGCUAUCAUGUGCUCUGCACUGCAGAAGUGGCAUCAAAUAUGGCCAGGUUUGACGGACUGGAAUAUGGACAUCGUUCUGACAUGAACAAGUCCACAGAAAGCAUGUAUGCUGCAACACGACGAGAAGGAUUUAGUGAUGUUGUAAGAGGAAGAAUUCUAUCAGGAAACUACUUCUUGUUGAAACAGAAUUACGAGGAUUACUUUGUCAAGGCACAGAAAGUCAGACGUCUCAUUGCCAAUGACUUUGUGAAGGUUUUUGGAAGUGGUGUUGAUAUUUUACUCACUCCUACCACUUUGAGCGAUGCAGUGCCGUAUGUGGAAUUCAUCAAAGAAGACAACAGAACCCGCAGCACGCAAGAUGACAUCCUAACACAGGCUGCAAACAUGGCUGGACUGCCAGCAGUAAAUGUUCCUACAGCUCUUUCAGGAAGAGGCUUGCCAAUUGGGCUUCAGUUCAUUGGGCGUUCAUUCCAAGAGAAGCAGCUGCUCACAGUAGCCAAAUGGUUUGAAAAACAGGUACAAUUCCCAAUGAUUCAGCUAGAAGAAGUGAAGAAACAUGACAACGGUGUCCUUCAGCAUCAGAAAUCUGCUUCCUUUUCGUAGUAUGAGAUUUGCUGGUCAGCAAAAGCAAGACAGCUGUUGGGAUAGUUUAAAAAUGUACUUCUGCA